GCAGCAGCGGCUGGAGACUCCACCCGAGCGUCAUAAUUCCAUGCAGAAAGGGUUAAAAAAAAAACGUGAUACUUAGCCCCACCCAUUUUCUCACGCACGGAGAGAUGGUUUUCGCCUUUCUUUGCCACUCAGUUACGGGCACGCCGUGUAGGAUACUGUAUUCUGCCGUCUUUGGAGAUGACCUUAGCAUGGAGACGGAUCACGAUUCUACUCAAAAGGGUCAGCGAACUACUAGGAAGGAGCAACUGUUGCAGGUCUCAUGCCGGGUUCAGAGCGAGUAUGGAUUCAGGACCGCCGUCAAGGACAGAGUUCACAGGUCAUCAGAGGACACCAGCAACGAUCACAGGUUUCAACCUGAAAAGGGCUUCUUCAGGUUGUAUCCUGGCGACCCAUUUCUUUCGGCUAAAGCAGUGGUUUGGAGCGUCAUUGAAGAAUGUGCGUAUGUGAUGAUAUGUGAGUUGGAUGAGAACAGGCUACUGGCCGAAAUAGUGCUCGCCGUCAUAACAAGACUGAUUCGUGAUCACGUCACUUCACUGGAACAGAAGAAUGCAGAGAUUUUGCUCAAGGCAGAGAAGACAGCUGCUAUCCUCCACCAUUUCCUGCCCUGCGGUCAACUCGUCUUCAUGAACCACAGACUAAUAGCUCAGAACGAGAGACACCUCGAGAGGACACUAGCAACUAAAUAGCACAUCAUCACGAUAAUCAUACAAUAUUGUUGAAUAUAGAAACACAUGAAGGUAUACUAAUCAACACGAUACAGGUAGAAUUUUUACAGCAGAUGAACUUGCCACAACGUGAGAAAGUUAUACUAUGUACAAGACUUUUUACAGCAGAUGCACUUCCCACAACGUGAGAAAGUUAUACUAUGUACAAGACUUUUUACAGCAGAUGCACUUCCUACAAUGUGAGAAAGUUAUACUAUGUACAAGACUUUUUACAGCAGAUGAACUUCCCACA